AUGACUGCCACGCCCAGUACCACUCCGCUAGCCAAUUUCCUCUGGGGAGAGGAACGGCUCCAGCGCCGCUGCGAAAUCCUUGAGGCUAUCACCCAGAACCCAGUCUUCACUCAGCAGGGGAACCCACAUGCAUUGUCAAGGAAGGAUUUGUGGGCGCUGCGGCUCAAGCAGGGCGUGGAGUUGCUUGAGCUGAAGUUCAAGCUCGGCUGGUCGAAUCAGCAGUUCGUUGAUGCCACCAAGAUCGCCGGGGAUCUUCUCUCCAUAGGAGUGAAUUAUCGAAUCUUCAUUCGCAACCUCGAAGCCCAGAUGAGCCCCGAGCAGAAGGCAUAUUGGGUUCCCAAGGCCGAGCGGUUCGAGAUCAGCGGCAGCUACGCCCAGACGGAGCUGGGCCACGGGAGCAACGUCCGAGGCAUCGAGACGACGGCGACGUUCGACCCGACCACGGACGAAAUCGUCGUCCACUCGCCAACGCUAUCGAGCCACAAGUAUUGGAUCGGGUCCUUGGGCGUUAUGGCCACGCAUGCACUCGUUAUCGCGAGGCUAAUCGUCCGCGGACAGGACCUGGGCAACCACGUAUUCCUCAUCCAGGUGCGCGACCUCGCCACCCACGACCUCAUGCCCAAUGUGCGCAUCUACGAGCAGGGCGAGAAGGGCAUGGGCACCUUCGCGUCCAUGGACAACGGCGUCAUGGCCUUCACACAUUGCCGCAUCCCCCGCACCAACAUGCUGGCCGGCAUGGUCUCCCUGGACGCCGACGGCACGUACCACGCCGCGAAGAACACCAAGCACGCCUACACCUCGAUGGUCAUCAUCCGUGGCCUGAUGUCCGAGGAGUUGGGGAUCGAGGUGGCCAAGGCGGCCAUCAUUGCCCUGAACUACGUCAAGUUCCGCAGGCAGUUUAACGCCCGGGACGGCCUGGAGAGGAAAGUGAUAGAGUACGCCAGCGUGCAGAACCGGUUGUUCCCUGCACUGGGACGGGCGGUGGCCAUGAUGCUGCUUGGGCGGGAAAUGCGGGCCCGUAUCGACAACAUCGUCAACGAGAGCAUUGAAGAUCUGCACCUGCAGACCGUCGGGGCCAAGAUCUGGGCCAGUGAACACGGCGUGCGGGACGUCGAAGUAGCCCGUCUCAGCUGCGGUGGACACGGAAACAUGGCCAGCACGGGCCUCGGAUCCCUGUACGCCCAGCUCUCUCCGUCACGGACAUACGAAGGAGAGACAUACGUCCUCUCGCAGCAGAUCGGCAAUGCCGUCGUAAAGCACUGGAAAAACAAAUCCGAAAAGUCGAUCAGCGCCCUGUCGUAUCUCGGCAGACUGAGAGACGGUGGCAGAAUGGCGCAAGGCGUACAGCAGAUUCGCGGUGUGGACGACUGGUUCAGCGCGCAAAUCCAAGAAGACUUCCUCGAGCACCGAGCGGCGGUCCUUGCCCGUCGGCACAUUGGCGACGUCGCCGGCGGAAAAGACACCAGCUACGACGUCUUCGAGCUGACCAUGGCACACGCGGACCUCACAUAUUGGCGAGGCCUGCAUACUCAGGUGAAGCAGACGGGGAAGGACGACAGGGAAGCUAUGGAGGCGUUGGCGAAUGUGUUCGCCCUCAACGCCAUGGUCGACGGCCUCGCCGCCUUCGCUGGCGAAGCGUACCUCUCGGCAGACCACGUUGCGAGUUUGCGUGCGGCGAAUCAGCUCGCCAUCGCCACGUUCGCCAAACACGCCGAUACCGUGGUCCACGCGUUCGGCUUCACCGAGUUCGAGCUCAACAGCGUCUUCGCUCGCUCGAGCCAGACGCCGUACGAGGGAUUACUGGAGGUCGCCCAGCAGAGCGAGUUGACGGACAACGUCUUUGUGCGGCCGACGCUGCUGAGGGCGCGCAGUUUGUGGAAGAAGUAUGGCCGGGCGAAGAUUUAG